AGUCGCGCACGCGCAGUGACAGAAUAAGUCUUGUUAAAGUGCUAGCAGCGCAGAAUGGAUGCUCCGGUUGCGACGCUACAUUUAAAGACUUGAUAGGCAUCUAGUUAUACAUCAGAUUCAAGUAGUUAAGGAACUCUACCCGAACGUACCAGUAAUUAACAAAGAGUGGCUCGCAAUAGGAUUGUUGUUGGUGGUGUGUUAACAUGGCGCAAGAUGAGUUGCUACGGCUAGCCUGUUAACUAGCUAGGCUAAACAACAAAACGCUGUCGUCGCGAGCCGACGCUGAGGAUAGACUCCGAGUGGUUUGGGGCUGUUUGAGAGGAGCUCUUGUCGCGUUUUGUGUUCAUACGGUGUAGGCUCGAAAUGGGAAAAGGCUGUAAAGUUGUGGUGUGUGGCCAGGCAGCAGUUGGGAAAACGGCCAUACUGGAACAGCUGCUGUACGGGAAUCACAUUGUAGGCUCUGAGUCCAGUGAGACCCAGGAGGAUGUGUAUGUGGCCUCAGUGGAAACUGACCGCGGUGUGAAGGAGCAGCUGAGGCUUUAUGACACCAAAGGCCUCCACGAUGGACAAGACCUCCCCAAACACUACUACUCAGUGGCAGACGGCUUCGUACUCGUUUACAGCGUGGACAGCCUGGAGUCUUUCAAGAAGGUGGACAUUCUGAAGAAGGAAAUAGACAAGUCCAGAGAUAAAAAAGAGGUGUGGCUGGUUCAAAGUGACAGUCAUAGUGCUGGGGAAUAAGACGGACUUGCGGGAGCGUCGCCAGGUGGACCCGGAGGUGGCGCAGCAGUGGGCGCGAGGCGAGAAGGUGAAGCUGUGGGAGGUGAGCGUCACUGAACGCAACUCCCUCAUCGAACCCUUCACACAGCUGACCAGCCGCCUCACACAACCUCAGAGCAAGUCUGCCUUCCCUCUGCCGGGACGCAAAAGCAAAGGCACCCCGUCCAACGACAUCUGAAGCUCCCCUCGCUCGUCUGUGCUCCUGUCAGUAGGCUGCAUUCACCUCAAAUGGGAAUAACCAGCAGGACAACACUGGCAGGCCUUUAGUCAAGCAGCAUGACUUUGGUUGCUUCUGUGUAAAUUUGACCAUUUUACACACAUUCAUACAGUGUUUACAUCAUUAUAGGGGCCUAGUUCAACAUUUUGGGAAAUGUGCUUAUUUGUUGUUUUUAUUUGAGUGAGAUGAGAAGAUCAGUCCCGUCUCUGUAUGUUAAGCACGGAGCUGGGGUGAGAAUGUGGUUAGCCUAGCUUAGCAUAAAGGCUGGAAGCAAAGGGAAACAGUUAGCCUGGUACUAUCAAAAGUGGGGGGAAAAAAGAUGCCUACCAACACCUGGAAGACUCAUCCAUUAACAUUUUGUACCCUCACACAAACAGAAAUGUAACUUCUAUACAGCAUCACCGGCUGUAGUGCAGGUUGCCAGAUAUGGUCACUGAGCACAGGUUUUGGUGGCGUUCUCUGUACAGGCAUGAUGAGACCAAACCUGGCAACCUCACUGUGAUGACAAGACUCUGGAAAAGCUGCGCCCAGCUGUGUUUUGCUUAGAAAAAAAAAAAAGUGGUUUGAGAGGGAGUAACGUGGUGUAACUAUUUCUUGGCGAACAGCACCCAGGUGCAGCGACUGUCGGCAGCUUCCUGAAGCCUUGUCGUUACGGCGACAUUGUCAGGCUUGGUACCGUCAUGCCUUUACAGAGACCAACACAUGAACCUGUGCUCACCAACCGACAAUCUGUGCUAUAGCUGCACAGGUGGAUAAGCUGUUUGUCAAGAAAUAAUUCCAACAUGUUACUCCCCCUAAAAUCACAAAUGGCCAUUUUUAAAUUUCUGUUUGUUACAAAUUAGAUACAAUGUGUGAAUCAGUGAGCUACAGAGGUGUUUUUGAGCUUUGGACACUCUGCUUCCAGUCUUUAUGCUAAACCAGCUGUGUACACACAGACAUGAUAUUGAUAUUGCAAAAGAAAGCAAAUAAGCAUGUUUCCCAAUGUGUUUAACUAAUCCAAUGAGGAUGCAUGUUGUAGUUCAUCUUUUACAGCAAACCAAACAUAAGCGUCAACCACAAACCAAAUCCACAUCUGUAACUUCUCUCUUCUGUACACAGUCUGCAGUCAGUCCUUUUUUCACGGGAAACUAAACACUUAGCAUGGACAAGCACUUAGCUCCCAAAGAUCUGAGACAACCAAAACACACACACGUUUUGAAUUGUGAAAUUCUGUGUUAUCAUGUUCACUGUCCUUUUCAUUUGAAAUGUGUAUCAUUCCAAGUUCAGAUUUUUUUCUAGUCUCUUACAUUAAUACAACACUCACAUGCACAUUUUAAGAGUUGUUGGUCGCUGUCAUCAUUCCUCCUCUCUAUCCCAAGAGAUCCCAAUCUAGAGCUACUACUAUAAAGGGGGGGGGGGGGACAAAAUCCACAGUCCAUUUGUCAAAUUCAGACUGUUAAAGCCUCUCUUCUCACAUUGGAUUUGCGCUAGGAGAGGAUCUUUUCACCUCCAGUAUGGACAGGGUGAUUUACAGCAACCUGUACCUCUUUCAACAUACGGGUAUGUGAUUGUUGUACUAAGACAGACUUGAGAAAUCUAAAACUGUCCUAUAAGCUCUGGCACCAAACCCUUGACUUCUCAAGUAACUCAAACUGUUCUCAAACAGGAAUCUUUUUCCCAUCUGAUGUGAAUGCAGCGUGAAUCCUUGUCCUCUGGCAGGACUCGGCUAGCCUUCGUCCAGUCCAUCUCAUAUAUUAAGUAUGGCCUGGCAGCAAUAAUAUUCAUGGUACUGCCUUUACUUGUGAUGUAAGAGUUCAUCAUGUCUGUCUGGCGUUAGUUGCACUCCUGUGUCGUCCAGCCUGUAUAACCCAGUAGGGCUACUAGUUAUGUAGCUAUGUGUCAGCCUAACAGUAGAAAUGUCAGUGUUGAGAGGAAAUAUUUAUUUUUUAAACUAAUUUAUUUUUGUCACUUUAAUGAGCCACAUUCCUUGACUUUUGAAAAUGGUUAAACAAUGUGAAGGAUGAUCUGCGCUGUUUUCUGUGUCCUUAAUGUUUUAAAGUAAUAACAUUUAAUGUGCUGCUAGUAGAACAGAGCUAGUGAGAUCAACACUUGCACUCUGUAAUCAUGCUAACCCUAAAUUAUUCUCUGCUCUGUCACUCUGUUUUAAGAUGCACUGAAUAAAAUGUAGCCUCUUCAUAUUUAA